GACGUUUGUUAUUGUUGUGUAUGUAGAACGGCUACGCGGUAGCGGUUUCAAAACUGAUUACUGACUGAACACCUACUGCUUGCAUUUUCAGUUUUAUUUUGGCGGUUAUGAAAGUGUUCAACCUGGAGGAUGCUGAGAUCCACCGGUUUCUUCCGUGGGAUUGACUGCCCGUUUUAUGCCGAAAGCUAUAACGGGAGAAGCGAAGGGGAUAGGUGCAACAGACCGUACUGUCACUUCAGACACAGCAAACUCAGACGGGCGUCUUGUAGCGGAAACAGUAACCGAAAAACCAAAGAGUCUUGCUCCAAACAAAAUGAGCUAGGCUAUGACCCAUACAACCCGGAGGUUGUGAGGCCUGGGGAGCAACAGAAUGGGGAGCCUGUGUCAAACCUGGCCAUUCCAGCACCCUUGGACCCAGGUGCCCUGCAGCUGGAACUGGUUAAUCGGGCCAUUGAGGCAGUACGUAGUGAGGUGAAGAAGUUGUCACGCAUUGGGGACCAAGAAUAUGACCCCACCACCAGUGGUGUCGGUGCCAAAAGGCACAAGCUGUGUGUUACGGCAUCUCCUCUGGAGUAUGAUCCAGGCAGUUAUCAGAUGGCUCCGACUGCUGACUACAACCCAACACCCUGCUCCAGCAAGUACACCCUGGAUUCUGACACCCAGAGCCCUCAUGCUAGUUCCCUGGAAUAUGUGCCCACUACUGUCUCCAAAACGGUUGUCAAAAAGCCUGCCCCACUCCCUCAGACUCCAUGUUCACCCUCUCCUCCCUCCAGUCCCCCUCUUGUCCCUGCACCCUCUUCAUUCCUCUCCUCUUCCUCUAGGCAUAAGUACACACUGGACAACUCAAAACCCCCCACUGACCUGGAAUAUGACCCCUUAUCCAACUUCUCAGCUCGACCGGGGAACAAGACCAACAAAAGUCCCGUGGACCAGAGGGCUGUGGCUGCUGCAGGAGCUGCAGGAGCCGGGAGCAAAAAGAGGCUCCACUCGACAGGUGUGGGGAACCAGACGGCCGAUGAAGGUUAUGUGCCCACUUUUAAGAGGCCGCGGCAGCAGGAGGAAACACCGGUGCUGGAUUUACAGAAAUAUACUGCAAGUUUCUCUGAAUCUGAUGAGGAGAGCUCUGGAACAGAGUAUCGGCCGACUUCCAUCAGCCGUCUGCAGCAGAAGAAGUGCGCCAGUGGGCUGACAGACAGCUGCUCACAGAAGGGAGGGGGAGGAGAGAGGGGGAAGGGUGGAGUUGAUGGGCUGAAGGAACAGCGAAGCUUGGAAACCAAGGAUUGGGAUUUCUCAACGCAGAGUGACACAGAGGGCUCAGAGAGCUCACACCUUGGUCGGCCUAACGACAUAAUGGUGGAUAAACAAACCACAGGUAAAAGCAGUCACAAGAAAAGCAGCAAAACAGACAAAAUGAGCAGUGAAGAGAGGGAACCCAGCAGAAAGAGCAGCAGUCUAAAGGAUAAGGGUGGAGCUUCAGAUGGGAAGAGGAUUGACUUGUCCAAGAAAUAUAAUAAGGAGUCGUCCAAGAAGGAGGGCAGGAGUGAGGGGAGGAGGUCGGACGAGAAGCACAGGGUGAAGGAGAAGUCCGUGGACAAGAGCAGUAAGGAGGUGAAGAAGGGGAAAAGCGACAGCAAGAGUGCAGACAAGCUGAAAGGGGAGAGGGGCGGCGGAGAGGGCUGCGUUAAAAAGGCCAAGGUUUCAGACAAGGGCGGAAAAGAGUCGUCCAAUCUCAGGGAGCACAAGAACGGGAAACUAGAGAGCGGUGGAACAGAGAAAGGAAAGAAGUCUGGCAGCCAAGGAAGUGACAGCAGAAAGAAAAGCUGCUCCUCCUCGGAUGGCAAGGCUAAGCAGGUUGGAAAGGAGAAACGGAGGUCUUUCACUCACGUGGAUCUGUUUGGAGCUGAGAGCGCAGAGGAGGAAGAGGAAGAGGAGGAGGGGACUGUUGUUAGGAAAUCAGCAGCUGCUUUCAAGAGAGGAGGCUUUGAGAAAAAUAAGAGGAAAGCCUCAGUGUUGACUGUGUCGUCCUCAGAAGAUGAAGGUGGACAGGAGGACAAGAAUACUGAUGAUAAUGACAAUGAUGGUGGAGCUGUUGACUACUCCCAUCUGCAAGUGGACCUGGAUGAAGACUCUGACCCUAUGGAAGAGUGUCUGCGGAUCUUCAAUGAAUCCAAGGAUGUGAAAACAGAGGACAAAGGGAGACAAGCGAAACAGCCUUCUAGAGAGCCAGAGGAGGAUGAAGGCACAGAAAGCACUUUAACUACACUCUUCCCAGGGCAGAAGAAGAGAAUCUCCCAUUUCACGGCCAAAGGAAGUACGGAAGCCACUCCGAAGCCCAUUGUGCGGCCAUACCGCAGACCAACUGCGCAGGAGAUCUGUUACCAGCGUAUGCAGAUUGCGCAGCAGCAGGCCGCGCAGCUAGCUGCUGCUGUGAAGACGGCCACAGCCACACCCAGCCCUGCCUCCAGCUUCUCUGGGGAAAAGAGGAGGGUAGCGCACCGCCCCAAUCCAUUGGUCGCUGCUGCAAAAUUGGGUCCUGUGGAGGUGAAGCAGGCGGAUUCCCAUGUGUCCUUGCCAAGCAGGACAUCUCCAGGCCAGCUGACCGUGAAGGCACACACCUCUGCGGGCAUCCUGUCCAAGACCACCUCCACUACUGCACAGAAGAGAGUGGCCCAUACGCCCACACUGAAGAGCUCUACCAUUAAGCGGCCAGUCAUCCCUACCGAGUUUGGGGCCAAAGUGCCCACCAACAUCCGCCAGCGAUACCUCAAUAUCUUCAUCGAUGAGUGCCUCAAGUUCUGCCCGUCUGAGGAGAUCGCCUUUGAGACGGCCCUGCAGGAGGAAAAGGUGGUGUACGAUCGCAGCAGCAGCAAGAACAUUUACUUGAACGUGGCAGUCAACACACUGAAGAAGCUGCGCAGCAAGAGCAGCAGCAGUGCCUCCGCCGUGUCCAAGAGCCCUGCAGGCAGUGCCAACAGGAAGUCUCAGUCACAUGAGGAGGUGCUCGGGGGGCGCCUGGCUGCGAAGACCAGCUUCACCAUCAACAGGACGGGCAAGCAGCCUGAAGACAAACUCACGGGCGCCACGCUGUACAGGAAGCUGAAGGAGUACCAGAUGACGGAGGAGCAGCUGCAGGAGCACGGUUACCCCAGACCGCAUCCCGAGCGCUCGGGGCGAGCCAUCGUCUACAACGUCCCGGAGAAGAAGAGUUGUGACCCAUUGGCCAAGGUGUGCUGUCGCUGUGGGGCAGAGUAUAAGGUCACAGCCAAUGGAAACUGUGUACGGAAGGAGGAGUGUUAUUAUCACUGGGGCCGCCUGCGCCACUACAAAGUGUCGGGAGGCUGGGAGAGGCAGUACAACUGCUGCUGUGGAGCGGUGGGUUCCCCAGGCUGCCAAACAGCUAAGCAACACGUGCAGGACGGACGGAAAGAGGCCCUUGAUGGCUAUGUGAAGACCUUCAGCAAGCCCCUGCCCGCUGAUGGGAACGCUGGAGUCUACGCCCUGGACUGUGAAAUGUGUUACACGAAGCAGGGCCUGGAGCUGACCAGGGUGACUGUCAUUAACUCUGAACUGAAGGUCAUCUACGACACCUUCGUCAAGCCCGAUAGCAAAGUGGUGGACUACAAUACAAGGUUCUCCGGUGUUACAGAGGAGGACCUGGAGAGCACCACAAUCACCUUGCGGGACGUCCAGGCGGUGCUGCUCAGCAUGUUCAGUGCAGAGUCUAUCCUUAUUGGACACAGCCUGGAGAGCGACCUCUUUGCACUCAAGCUCAUCCACAGCACUGUGGUGGACACGGCUAUAGUCUUUCCACAUCGUCUUGGCCUGCCCUACAAGCGAGCCUUGCGGAACGUCAUGGCCGACUACCUCAAGCGCAUCAUACAGGACAACGUGGAGGGGCACAACUCCAGUGAGGACGCCAGCGCCUGCAUGGAGCUCAUGAUGUGGAAGAUCCGGGAAGAUGGCAAGGUCAAGAGAUGACCCCAGCCCCCCCUGCUCCGCUCUCUCCCUCUCCCCCCUUCGUCGCCGUGGAGAGCCCGAGGGAGAGGGACGCCGAGGGUGGAGUGACACGGAGAGGGAGGGGUGCAGUUUGUGCUGAGGACUUACGUGCUGCUGUACCAGAGCGCUUGAGCUCCACCUGAGUGGAGCUGUGACAGUGAGAGGCAAGGAGGACAAACCCUACAGGAGAUCUGCAGAGCCAUGCCAGGUUAUAUCAGUCAGGCCUGAGGCCCUGCUUGCCUGUGUCAUGUGACCUGGAGCAGCCAAUCACUGAAGUGCUCUGCAUUGGAGGGCUUGAAUGAACAGUGUUUUUUCUCUUGUUACUAUUAGGAUUAUUAUUAUUAUUAUUGUCCCCGUUGUUAUUGGUAGCCAUUUUAUUAGUUUCCCUGUCAGUAUGGGUGUCUCUGCUGAAGGAAUUGAGUGAUACUGACAGGGGUCAGAUCAAAAGUGCACAAAGGAAGCCUCCCUGUAAAAACAGGUCAGGGCAUUUGAACUAUUUGUUUGUCGAAGGUGAUGUCCUCUCUCUCAGAUGCAGCCCCUUAUGCCCACAAGUGUGAAGGUUUCUCAUACAGAGCUACUGCAGUAUUUAAAGUGUUACUGAACCCCUUUUAACAAGAUCAAUUUUUGCAAGGUUUAGAAUGAGAUAAAAUGGUAAUGAUCAUAUUAUUUAUAUUUUCCUUUGUUAUAAGGUGCCCUUUCUAAUGUGUUUGGUGCAUGAGCCUAAACUUCCAUUUUGAGCUGUAAUGUGUUUUAGUUUAUAUAGUUGUGCAUGGGAGCUGAGAACACCAGCACGUGUCGGAACAGUAAAUGAGUAGGUGGGUUGUCACCCAGCAGUGGAUUUGGGGAACGAUGAUGUGCAGUAUCUGAUAGCUACAUGACUUUUGUUAAAUUUCUGUCUUUCUAAAAGAUGAAUUAUGGAUCUGACUUCUGUUGAAGGGGCAAUGGGAAUUAGCUGUCAUAAUUGGUGUUGGAAAAUAGAAGGAAAGGGGUUCAGUAAGGCUUAAAGGUAUUGGUAGUGAGGAGGUGAGCAUUGCACAAGACUUGAAAAGUGGUCAUGGGGGCGUAGCUUUUUGUUAAUCAGCAUUCUUUGUUGGGUGGGUGUCUGUAAGCACAGCAGUGCGGGAGGUGUUGGGUGUUGGGCAGCUUUAUGAUCAAGCUCUGAGGGUUACUGUGGCUCUGACCUCAGGUGAAGGAUGCUGCUGUUGCAUACUUGACCAAAGUAUUUUACCCAUAUUGCACUAGGGGGAACCUCGCUGUCAGUGUGCUGAGGUGUGACUGCCUCGUCUGUGUAGCAUAUUAAUACAGCUGCAUUAACUCCUGCAACACCAGUAGCAUCUCUAUUAGACACAGCGACACCAUUGUCAUUUUCUCAGAGCACCGUUACUGCAGAAACCCUCCAAAACAGCCUGCAAAUUGUGAAUGGUAGCACUGCACCUUGAAAUACAAUUGGUGCACCAUUUUAAUGCCUUGAACUACAUAAAGACCUGUAGUCAGAUGAAGAGUAAUUUUUCUAUGGCAGUAUGUAUUUGUUAGCUUGACAGUGAGGCAAAUGAACCAACAAGGACUUGAUCAUUUUAUGGAAACAAAAAGUAGAACGAGACAAACCACACAGAAGAUGCAUCGAGUCACAUAUCUCCCGGAGGAACUGUUGUCUGAGACUGGUAAGUGAACCACAUGUAUGACUUGAACCGUGCUGAGAAGCUGGACCAGAAAUGUCACAUUCCCAGGUCUUUAUGGUCUAUAACCGUUUCUCUCUGUCCCACUCUUUCCUGUAUAGUGCAUGGAAGUGGAGCAUCUUUAGUGAAGUAAGCCUAGUCUGUCAUACACACCGGUAUAGUCCUUCCCCCUAUAGGUAACACAGUUUAUAUCAUGUAGAAAUGCAAUAAAGGCAGGUAUCGUAUAAUUUAAACAUGUACCUGAUUAACCUGUACAAUCUUAUUUAAAGUACACUGAGACUAAUAAUGACA